GCUAAUUCUGACUCGGAAGGCAAGAUAGGUCAGCGUUUGGCCUUGUGGUCAGUUCUCUGCCGUGGCUGCCACAUAAUUUGUCUGGUGUCCAAUGGCUAUCUGGCGCUGCAAUAGUUCCACGCAAAGUCCAUUGGUGGACAUGGCUUGUCGAUUUGAUUCCUUGUGGGCGCCGGGGAAUCCAAAACACCAAGCUUGCCAGCAGAGAGGACAAGAUAACUAUUCAAUCUCGCACUCUCAAUUUGUUUGCCAUUUGGAAAUCUAGUACCGGUAGGCGAGGGCAAAGCACGAGUAGGUAACAACUCCAGCAUUACCCGUACAGCACCCACAGAGAGGUCGUAAAAACACAAAUACCCGGCUGUGUUUGUGUCUUCAUGUAUCGGAUGUUAUAUCUUAUACAUUCCCAUAUAAUUCUCGACCGCGGGAUCAGUAUCCGUCGUGUAAAAAACGAGAAGCCCCCGAAAGAUAUCUGAAACACACUGGGACUGGAGCUUGCCUCUCGACCAAUCAAAACGGUUCUUUGCAGAUCCAAACCUCCGACUGCUGCCAGGCUCGCUCUCAGCUUUGUGCUUUCCUGUCGUUUUGGAGGAAUUGGUAGGAAAUGAACGGAGCUGCUACGUGCGAGGUGGUCUCGGAGCAACCUUUGGCAGCUCAAUCCUCGAUUUCAUCACUCUUCAUUUCUCCUCAUAAUUUGAGAUCGAUGAACUUCAUCAAGGAAGCAAUUCAAUUCGUCUGGCAACUUUUAUUAUCUUUUCAAUCCUCACAUCCACCAUGACCAUGACGAAAUCAGCCGCCGCCGAACCUUCCAAGGAACCCGCCAAGGACGCACCUGCCGCCGGAGAAGAAGCCACUCCCAAGUCCCCUGCCAAGGAAGCCACCGUCGAUCCGACCACCAAGAAGCGUUCUAGCCCCACACCUGCCGAGGAGGGUGCUCCCGACUCCAAGAAGGCCGCCAUGGAUGAGAAGAAGACGGAAGAAGCCGAGAAGACUGAUGGAGACAAGAAGGCCGAAGCUACUCCCGAGCAGAAGGAUGACUCCACCAAGACCGAAGACCCUACCGACAUGAAGACCGAUGGCGACGACGCCAAGAAGACCGAUGGCGAUAGCGCCGACAAGAAGACCGAGGGCGACGACGCCAAGAAGACCGAUGACGCCAAGACCGAAUCUGCUCCCGCAGAGAAGGCCGAUGGCGCCGACAAGGAGUCCGACUCCUCCAAGACCGACGCGAAGACUGAUGGCGAUGGCGCCGACAAGGAGUCCGACUCCUCCAAGACCGACGCGAAGACUGAUGGCGAUGGCGCCGACAAGAAGUCCGAGUCCGACAAGGUCCCCGACGAGAAGAAGGCUGUCGACAAGGCUGUUGAUGUUGACAAGGCCAAGGAGGCCUGCUCCAAGGUUGCCGAUCUGGUGAAGGAAGCCACCAACGACAAGCCUGUCUCCGCACAGUAA